AUGCGUCCCUUCUCCCUCCAGUAUCUUGCUAGGCUUGCCAUCUGCCACACUAUCAUCAUCGGAAUCCUUGUCUCCAUUAUCCGGGUUGCAAAAAAGCAUGUGCAAGGCAUUCCUGAAGAAUUGCUCGUCAUCAGCUUCUUCUUGCUUGUCUUCUCGGCGCUGGACCUCGGAUCAAGGAUCGUCGCCCCUAUUGAAGAAGCGGACGUGCACUUAUGGUACGAUGGGAUGGAGACCUCCCCCGUUUUCUUCGACUUCCUCGCACCUUUCGGGUGCUCCCUCAAAAAGCUCACCGUCUGGUGGGCCGAUCUCCGGAACGUCGACCCCCCUAACGAAGUCGCAUGUCGCUUCCCUCUCGUGCAUACGCUGUAG